AUGGCUCAACGUUACUAUCCCCCCACUAAUACGACCUUCCACAUUGACGAAGAUUUCCUUUGCCCUCGAGAUCUCUUGCUUGAAGAUGGCUUUAUCUUGAAAGGACCGUUGUUCAAAAACUUUAACAGCGCUUUCUCAGCAUUCCUGUAUUUCCCACUGACCAAAGUUGUGGCGGCGGCGUUCUUCAGGUUUACAGACCGUGGAGCGAAGGCAAUUGAAGGAAGUAUUGGCAUGACUGUUACGCAUCUAGGAAAGAUACACGACCAAUACAAGGACCUUUAUACCGGAUAUAAACAAAUCGGUACUAUUUGCAACAUAAUUCUGGACCUUGCGAAAACUGCACAAGAGGACUACGACGUGAUAUUCGACGGCUUAGAGAGGCUCUACAGAGGUGAAUCGGACGAGGAGCUACGAGCUCUUGUGCAAGCCAGGAUCAACAAGCGCCUGGGAUCCCUUACCACUCUCACCUCAAAAACCAGGGAAGUAAGAUCUAAGUUGAUCAAAGCCACACGCGAUGUGGAGAUAUCGCAGGACGAACUUAAGGACGCAGCCAAGGAUUUAAAUCGAUGGGAAGUUUUCGCCCUACUUCGUGAAGCCAUCAAGGAUGACAAUGAAUAUCAGUUAAACUUCUGGGCACUUAUAAAUAUGAAGGUGAAUUUGACUCCCAUUGGAUGGGCGUACUCUGUAUAUCCUGUUCUUCGUGCAGCUGGGCUGACAAAACACGACCACAUACAGAUAUGGGUCUUCGCGCUUACCUUCACAGGCCCGGCAGCUGGCGCGUUACAUGAUUUGGAAAGAGCCCUCGGCUCGAUUGAGCUACUUGAUCUAGAUCUUGUUACCUUGGAACGAUAUGUCAAGGAGCUCGUGCCCGGAGAAAACCCUUUUGAGAGGCUGAGGAAGGGAAAGAUCUUGGCUAAAUGGGCAAGCCUGGAAAAAGAGGUGAAGGUUUUCAAGGAACAGUACAUCGAUCCGGCGUAA